AUGGUGGCUGCGACUGGGUGCCGCAUUUCGCUCUCGUUCGCCGCGCCUCGGCUCCUGAUUCCGGCAUCCACAGCACGGGCGUUCGCCACGGCCUCCGCAUUCUUCCCUGACAUAGACAAGGUUCGCUACGAAGGGCCGUCGUCCCGCAACCCGCUCGCCUUCAAGCAGUAUGCCGAGGACGAGGUUGUGGCCGGGAGAACGAUGAAGGAGUGGCUAAGAUUCAGUAUUGCGUACUGGCACACAUGGCGCGGGAACGGCGGCGACAUUUUCGGACUCGACGGCACCAUCAACCGACCGUGGGAGGACAGAGCGCUCAGCGAGAUGGACAUGGCGCUGCGGCGGGUGGACGUCAACGCGGAGUUUUGCGAAAAGCCCGAGCCGCAACAGCGCUCUGCAAAGGUGGAGCUGUACGAGUCCAUCUUCUUGGCCACCAUGCAAGAAUAG